GGCUGGGCCGCCGCAUUCAUUAUACCGGAUCUGUCCCACAUCAGUGCGAACCUCAGUGAAGGACGGCAGCCAUGAACCCGCAGCAGGAGAUGGAGCAGAGGGGACAGUGCAAGUGGAGGAUCACUGUCUUCGAGGAGGAGUACUUCCAGGGUAAAAGCUGCGAGUUUACCAUGGAGUGCCAGAACAUUCUGGACAGAGACUUCAGAAAGAUCCGCUCUAUCAAGGUGGAGAACGGCCCUUGGAUUGGUUAUGAGUACCCUGAGUUCCAGGGACAACAGUUUGUUUUGGAGAAGGGAGAUUACCCCUGCUAUCAGGCCUGGAGUGGGAACAGCAGCUACAGGACAGAGCAUCUACUGUCCUUCAGGCCCAUCAAGUGCGCUAACCACAGUGACAGUAAGGUGACGCUGUACGAGUGCGAGGACUUCCAGGGCCGUAAGUUCGAGAUGUGUGACGACUACCCCUCCCUGCAGGCCAUGGGCUGGUGCAGCAAGGAGGUGCCAUCAAUCAAAGUCAACUCUGGAGCCUGGGUGGCUUACCAGUUCCCCGGUUAUCGUGGAUACCAGUACAUCCUGGAGAGAGACAGACGCCAAGGAGAGUUCAGAAACUACAACGAGUACAGCACCCAGGCCCACACCAACCAGAUCCAGUCUAUCCGCAGAAUCCAGCAUUAAACCCCCCACCCCACCCCCCGCCCCGAAAAACCUGCUAUAACUACCUUCCACUAAUCUCAUACCAAUGUAUUACAAUAGACAAUAAAGACUUUACUUAAACUC